UAGAUAACUGAGAAAGAAGAGAACAAAAAUGCCUGUGUUAGUCCCUCGUGACCAGCCAAAGGCAAUUGGGGUGGACUUGGGGAAGAUUCAGAAAAUAAGGGAAAAACUGAGGCAAGCAGAUAUUAACAUGGACGGUUCUUACAACAAGGAAGAGCUCAAAAUUGCUCUUAAGGACUUAGGUGCCAUCAUCCCUUCAUGGCGAGCCUCUCGUUGUCUCGGAAAAGCUGACUUCGACAACGAUGGUCAAAUUAGCGGCCAAGAAAUUGAUAUUCUCAUCGACUAUCUCCUUGAUCGUGGCUUUGGAAAGUGA